AGAAAAGUACCGAAAACGAGAAGCCAACUGUAGAGAGAUGUAAGAAUUGUAAACGAAAGCAUGGAAAAAGCAUGAAGUGUGAUUUUUGGGUGGAAAGAAAAAAUAGACUAGAGUCAAUUCAAACAACAAAUCAAGAAACAGGCUCUAAAAAACCAGCACUAAUUAAAGAAAUAGUCAGGUACAGAAAAGCGACAGAUAAAGUAAUGAAAGAUGAAAAAAAACAAGAGUUGGUUUUAAUAGAAAUAGAAGAACAUACAAGGAGUUUUAUAAGAUCACAUAGUUUUGACAGA